AGUUUGGAACGGGAAAGGCAGCUUUAAAUAUUGGGUUGUUGCAGCCGCCAACGAUCGAUCGGCUCCUUCCUUCCGUACCCGGCCGCAAACUCAAUCAGUCGAUCGACUCCAAACGCAGAUAUCUUGUCCAUCGAUCCGUCCGCGCGCGACGCAAACGCCGCUGCGACGAGCCGUCGGUCCGACGAUGCCGUACACCACGGGAGGCUGGCUUUCGCUGCCGCGCGGUCGGAGGCAAGAAGAAGGCGACCUUAUUGACGGCAUGAACGGCACGCCCCUGCCGGACGACGCGCUUGCGGUCGUCUUCACCCGGCUAUCGGAUGCCGCGAACAUCCUACGCUGCGCCGCCACGUGCAGGCGCUGGGGCCGCGUCGUCGCCAAGGAGGCCGCCAUCCUCGCCCGUGCCUUGCCUCCCCAGCUCACACGUGGCCGUGCCCUCCUUGGCCUCUUCCACCAGGACGAUGCCGGGGUGACUGCUCCCCGGAAGAGGAAGCGCUCCUCCUCCGGUAACUCGGCAGCUGGGCAGCCGUGCUUUGUCUCCACGGCUGCGGCCGCUCGGCUCCUCGGCUCCCGCAGCCCCUCCAUCACCAUAAACGACGGCGGGCACGGUGCGCUGUUGGAGUACUCCCGCCCGGUCGCCUCCCGCAACGGCCGCGUCGUCCUCGAGCUCCGGCGUGAGAAGCACACCGACGGCCUGAAGCUCUGCGUGUUCAACCCCAUGACAGGGGACGUGGCCCUGCUCCCGCCUCUCUCCGGCAAUGACAAGCCCGGAUUCUACGCGUGCGCACUGCUCACCGGGGACGACCUCCUCGAACCGCCGCCAUCCACCACCGCCUUCUUCUUCCGCGUGCUCAUCAUCUACAACCGUCACAGCUUCACCGCGCUCCGUGCGUACUCAUCGGACACCGACCGGUGGAGCUCGGAGGCCGCGAGGUCAUGCGGCCGCAAGAUUGACAGCGGAAGGCUGCGCAAGCUAGGCCAGAGCAUCGUGCUCCGCGGCGUUGCCUACUGGCCCCUGCACCGCUCGGCGCUUGCGGUGCGGCUCGACGGCCCGGAGCCCAGAGAAGUCUCCAUGCCACGGGACGGCAUUCCGUCGGACUGCCUGCAGCACCUCCGUUUGCUGGGCGUAACCUCCGACGGCAACGGCAAUCAGCAGCUGUCCUUCACAGACGCAAGGUUUGGUUCCGAUCGCCGUCUCCACAAAGCAGGACUACCUUGUCGAAGUAUUAUCCUUGUGACAAAUGUCCUCCACACCGUCGGCGGGGACGACGACUACGACAUGUCCACCGGCAAAUGGAAGCGGCAAGAAGGUCGCAUCAUAUUGACGCAGAUGAUGGUGCGCUCUUGGGACGACACCAUCAACCUGCGGUGGUUCUGCGAGAAGAGCGGCGUCAUCUUGUUCACGAUGGGAGAAGACAGUAACAGCCCUGGGGCCUACGCGCUGAACACUGCGACACAGGAGGUCGAGAAGUUGGCCGAUGGUGCCGGCUGCUACUUGUGGAGGAACGUUGUUGGAUACGAGAUGGAUGCCGCGGCUUACCUCUCGUCCAUAGCGUGCUACUAGUAAAUUAACUAGAAAAAUGGCACGCCUUUGGCACCCACCGCCUCUUGCUUGGUGGUCUGUAACAUAUGAGACCAUUGCUAGUCAUCACUCAUCAGCCAAAUAAUAAACUUAUCCCUUUUUAGGAUCA